UGGUACUUUUAAAAGGGUUGAACAAUUUACCAAAUGCAUUUAUUAAAUAUGCAAAGGAGUACAAAACUAAAGUGGUAGGGUUCUAUCUGUCAAACAUUCCGACAGUGGUGGUUAAUGACCCAGAUCUCAUCAAAGAAGUUCUCAACCGAGAAGAGUUCGAUGGCCGUAUGGAUCUCAUCAUGGGUCGAUUGAGAUCUUACUGGAAAAAAUUGGGUAUAUUCUUCACUGACGGUUACUUCUGGCAUGUACAGCGUCGGUUUACACUGCGCCACAUGAGGGACUACGGUUUCGGUAAGCGCGAGGACACGCUCGAGUCGACAGUGGCACACGAAAUUAAAGAAAUGAUCGACAUGUCUAUCAACGGUCCUAAAUAUCCUGCUGAAAAG